CCCUUAAACCGCCCUGACCAGAUAGACGAACGUAUUCAACGCGAUGCGGACUUCCCUGAUCAGAUAGAACAAUUUACUGUAUGAUGUGCAAAUCGCCCUAAUGAGACUGACAAACGUAUUCUACGUUCCGAGUGUCGCCCUCAUUAGACAGACGAACGUAUUCAACGCUGUGCGGACCGCCCUGAUCAGAUAGAAGGAUAUAUUUUAUAUGAUGUGCGGACUUCCCUGAUCAGAUAGACGGCCGUAUUCUACACUGUGCGGACUUCCAUGAUCAGAUAGACGGUCGUAUUCUACACUGUGAGGACUUCCUUGAUCAGAUAGACGGUCGUAUUCUACACUGUGAGGACUUCCUUGAUCAGAUAGACGGGCGUAUUCUACACUGUGCGGACUUCCUUGAUCAAAUAGACGGCCGUAUUCUACACUGUGCGGACUUCCCUGAUCAGAUAGACGGUUUGUAUUCUACACUGUGCGGACCUCCCUGAUCAGAUAGACGGCCGUAUUCUACACUGUGCGGACUUCCCUGAUCAAAUAGACGGCCGUAUUCUACACUGUGCGGACUUCCCUGAUCAAACAGUCGGUGCAAACCGACCAGACACAAGUGUAAAUGAAGAUUGUUUCGAAGCAUUUAAAACUGCUGACUGUUGUCCUCAUAGCCGUCUGUUGUGGGACGCUCCUAUUCAAUUUGCGACAGUCGGUGCGGAAUUGGGAAUUUGUCAGAGGGAACCUCGCGAGGUCACGUGUACUUGAUGCAAGGACGAAAGAUGGUUAUGUUAAAGAGGUGGCAGAAACAAUUGCAUCUCGCCUGCGAAUAUCUUGCUGGGUUAUGACAAACCCAAAAAACCUCGAAAGCAGAUCGAGAUAUAUCCAGAUGACGUGGGGUAAACGCUGCGACAGAGUGGUGUUCAUCAGCUCAGAAACAAACACCGCUUUCCCAGCAGUCGGACUUAACGUGUCGGAAGGCCGAAAUCAUCUGACCGAAAAGACCCUCGGUGGAUACCACUUUGUCUAUGAACAUCACUUCGAUGACUGUGAUUGGUUCUUUAAAGCUGAUGACGAUACUUACCUCAUUGUAGAAAACCUUCGUCUCUUCCUGACACAAUUCGAUACAAACAAACCUAUAUAUUUCGGCCAUCACUUUAAGACAAUUAUCAAACAAGGAUACUCCAGUGGCGGAUCCGGAUUGGUCGUCAGCAAAGAGGCCCUGAGAAGGUUUGGUCAACAGGGACAUGACCCCAAAAUAUGUCGUCAAACUGGCAUCGGGGGUGACGUAGCUUUUGGUCAGUGUAUGGAAUCCCUUGGAGUACCCAUUGGCAACUCCUCUGAUUCCAAAGGCAGGAGCCGUUUCCAUUGUUUGGCUCCAUCUGCUCACAUUGAUGGGAGGUAUCCAAAGUGGUACUACUCUUAUGAUGCGAAUGGAGCAAAGAAGGGCAUCAGAAGCAUGAGUAACCACCCCAUCUCAUUCCAUUACGUUCCAGGCAGCAAAAUGUUGGAGCUUGAGUAUCUGAUCUACCACACCGGUGUAAACGUACUUCAUACAAAUGGUCAUGUGCCACACAGCAGGAAAUGAAAAUUCAGUCUCCAUAAUGUUGUAUUACUGCAAAUGUCUCUGAAUAAACGGCUUGUA